AUGGCAAAGGAAGCUGAGAAAGAUAAACAAAUUGCUGAGGAGGAGGAGGAGGAGGAAGAAGAAGAAGAGUAUGUCUUGCUAGAGUUAGAUGAUGUUCAUUAUUCCUGCAUACAACCAAAUGCCCCUUAUAUACUCUCUGGUUUGGAUACAUUGACUCCUACCUUGGUAGUAGGUGAUGGCCUGAAGAUGAUUGGAGAAUACGAAGAAACGGUUGGCACAUGCUAUUUAUUUUCAGAAAGUGAUGCUCCACCAAAACCUGUUCAUGGAGAGCCGGCACCUCCCAAGGAAAACAAGGACAAGCAAGGCAGAAACAUCAAGGAAGCACCGCCCAAGGAGGUGAAACAUCUGACGAGCGUUCACAAGAUCCUCAAAUUCCGGUCGACCAGUGAGGGUCGUCAGGAGCACAGAGCAUACCGAUACAGGGACAAGGAGUUUUGA